AAGAACAAAAAAUUUAGUUAGUUAGUUUUUUCAUGUUGUUGCUAGCCUAACGUUGUGGAGACAGGAAAGGGAGGGAAGAAGGGUUUAUCAAGCCUCAUUCUCUUGUUGAUUGGUGAUUGUUCCCUUUCCUUCCUAACCCUUAAUUUAUCUCCCUUCAUUAGAGGAUCCAAAGAUGGAAAAUAAGGCUGAAAAUCACAUGACAUCAGCUGCAGCCUUUGUUGAAGGAGGCAUCCAAGAAUCUUCGGAUGAUGCUUGCAGUAUAUGUCUUGAAGAGUUCAACGAUAAUGAUCCUUCAACUAUCACUUUUUGCCGGCACGAGUUUCACCUACAGUGCGUUCUUGAAUGGUGUCAAAGAAGCUCUCAGUGUCCUAUGUGUUGGCAACCUAUUAGCUUGAAAGAUCCUACCGGACAAGAAUUGUUUGAGGGAGUAGAGCAAGAGAGGAAAUGGAGGGAAACUCCAUCAAGAAAUGUUGACACCUUUCAUCACCCUUCUAUUGGAAAUUCUGGAUUUCAAAGUCUUCGCAUGGAAGAGAGAAUACUUCAAAAUUUAGCAAUUGUUGCAUCAAUCGAAAGAAGACACCGUCUUGCUCAAAUGGAAGGGAGGGAAAUUCAACAACUUGAUCAUGAUCAUGAUCAUGAUCAUGAUCAGUUCUUACUAUUCUCAAAUCAACAAGUUGCACCUUCAUCAAUUUUUGGUUUAGGUGUUGAACGAGGAGACAAUCCAAAUGCCAUUCAUAUGAGUAGUCAAUCUAAUCAAAUAACAUCUAAUGAAGAUGAACCACUACAACAAACACAACAAUAUCAAAAUGAAAGCUCUAAAACUUCUAGAUCUGAUACAACUGGCUUAGAAAUUCAAUCAUUUUCAGAUACUUUGCGGUCUAAAUUUAAUGCAUUAUCGAUGAGGUAUAAAGAAUCAAUUUCAAAGGGUACAAAGGAUUGGAAAGAAAGGUUAUUCUCUCGAAGUUCUUGCAUGUCAGAACACGGUUUAGAUGCAAGAAAAAAGAUUAACCCUGGAAUUGCUAGUGUAUCACAAUCUAUGAAUAAUAGAGUUGUAGAUACUUCUUUUUCAAAUCAUUUGCAGGAUAGUUCUAUGGUAAAUUCAAGAAAAAUUAACCGUGCUGAAACUAAAGGAGAAGACUCUUCAUGCAAUAAUAAUAGAACAAGUGCUUCUUCUACUAUUUCACAUUCAAAUUGAAGUUCCUUUUCUCUCUUGUUAUUGCAUUUUCUGGGAUCUCAUUUUCAAAAUGCACCUAUCAUGUUGGAAACAAGAAAGUGUAAUGUGUGUCAAUUAACCAUUGGACUGGAAAAGGGAGAAAUAAGUGAACCAAAAGAGUAGAAGAUGAUCCAACUCCAAAGGUUGUAGGAUGAUAGAAGGAAAGUUGAAUUAAGUUAUUUUGUUUUCUAUACAUAAUAGAUUGUGGUUUGUUUUAAAGCAUA